AUGCAAUCAUAUCGUCACGCACAAAAAGAUGGCGUUCGAUUGGCCAAGUUACAGAUGGGAAAACGGCCGGCUAGACGAUGGCUCUGGACUCCAUUCGACAAUCAAGCACGUGAAGAUGGAUUGAAGCUUUCCCAUUGGAUGAGAGAAGAUCGGAUAAAUCCUUCACAACCAUACGUUUUCGCCAAGUUUAAUAAGAAAUUUGAAGUCCCAUCUUUUAACGAUGAUGAAUAUGAGGAGCAUUUGCGGAUGGCCGAUUGGACAAAAGAAGAAACCCGUUACUUGUUCGAAGUUUGCCAACAAUUUGAUUUGAGAUGGCCCAUUGUAUACGACCGUUACGAUCAAACAAAAUUUGGGCAAAGAAGAUCGAUGGAGGAUUUGAAAGAACGCUAUUAUGCUGUCGUUUUUGAAUUGUCUAUGCAACGAGAAUCAGCUUAUGAGCCAAUGGGUUACGAUGCCGAACACGAACGGAAAAGAAAAGAACAAUUGACAAAGUUAUGGGAUCGGACACCAGAAGAGUGGGAAGAAGAGGAACAACUGAUUGCUGAGCUCGAACGAAUUGAAGUACGAAAAAGAGAACGAGAACGCAAGGCUCAGGAUUUACAAAAGUUGAUCAGCAUGACGGAUAUGUCUCCUGCAAGCCCCUCAGGAAGUGCUGCAUCAACUUCCCUCAAGAAAGGACAAAUUCGUCAAAAGCUUGGUUUAUCAUCGAGCGCCUCCAUGUCAUCUAGCUUUAAUCCGGAAGUUUCCGUCACACAGCUUCGCUUAGUGAAUUCCGGGGUUCUGGUGCUCAUCUUCGAAGCCAGGAGA